AUGGCGGCCGUCGCUAUAGAGAGCUGUUUGCAAUUACAACAUCUGUUCAAAGACAUAUCUCCGAUGUUUGACCGCACAGAGUCGGAAAAUGUUGUGCAAUCUUUGAAAAAUAACUAUGGAGGCAAAUUCAAUUCGCUAAGAAGUCACGAUUUAUUGCAAUGUUUACAACUUCUUGCGAAGCAUGGCUAUGUGUCUGGAGGCAAAGUGAAACUAAUCGAAGACUACGUUGCUCCGAAAUCGAGCAAAGAAGAACUGAUCAAAGAAGCUAUAAGAAAGUUUAAAGCCUCUCGUCCAGCUGUUAAAGAGGAGGAAUUUCAAGGGCGGGACGAUGACAUUAAGGAGAUCACCGAAAAACUGGAGUUAAAAGACGUCCCAGUGUUGAACUUGUUUGGGUCUUCCGGUGUUGGAAAGACAAGACUCGCCAACGAAGUUUGCUCACAGUGGCGAGGAAAUUAUCGAGUCUUUGAUCUUAGAGAAGUUAAUAGUAUGAAAGCAAUGUAUUACCACAUCCUUAGUUCCCUUGACCUUGCUGUUCCAGUCGGUUUCAUGAACCUGAACUAUGUUGCGGUAAAAAACAUUCGCGAUAAGGUCAAAGAUUUAAAAAGUGGAGGGCAUUCCGUUCUGUUCUUGCUCGAUAAUGUGGACCAGUUUGCCACAGGACAAGAAAUGGAUGGGAAGAGCCUAAAAACAGACUUUGUACAGUUCCUCGAACAACUUUUCGAACUCGAUGGCAAAGGAGAAAGAUGUGCAUUAAAGCUGCUGCUCACAUCGAGGAUUGAGUUCACAAAUGCCAAACUGGUGGAUAACUUUAAAGUGAAGUCUCUAAAAACGUCUUCUUCAGAGAAGAUUCUUUUUCCUGCGGGAUCAACUGGUGUUCAAGUCCACCAGAAAGAUAAUCUAAUCGGCAUCUCCAAAGGAUUCCCAAUUGUUCUUAAAGGAAUGGGUGCUAUUUUGCGCCAGGAAAGAAAAUCUGCAGAUGACCUUAUUGCUGGAGUUGUUGCUACUCCAGAGAAAACAAAAGUGCACGAGGAUGCUGAAGAAAUGUCAGUUAGUUUUGAAGAAGAAGGAGUUGAUGCAGGUCAGAUAUCUGUAAUCAGAGAAAUGUUUGCUACACUUCCAAGUGACAGUUUAAAAGUGACUGCAGUUGUAAUUUCCUUGUUUCAUGGGCCAUUCUCUGUGGCAACAGCCUCCAAGGUUCUCGGUAUUGACCAAACAGAGGCUCUUGCACAGCUAGAGGGUCUUGUGGCCAGUGCAAUAAUUUCUGUAGUCGAUAAAGAAGCAAAAGAGAGGAAAUAUGACAUUCAUCCACUCUUACAAAAGUAUGCUGACAGUAUCAAGAGUGACAAACACUUUUUCGCAGCCUACAUGGAAGCAAAGGGACGCUAUUACGAACUCUUUAUGUCCAGGAUGAAGAAAAUAGCGAAACUUAUAGAUCCCGAGUAUGUCAAAGCAUUUCAUUUGUUUGACACUGACAGGGCAAAUUAUGAGUUUGCUCUUGAGAUCUCCUUACAACCAGAAUAUUUCAAAGUUCCAGGUGAAUUUCAUGAGAAUGCUUUGAUUGCAUCACUUUUCAUGGUAAUGCUGACUGAACGCAAGGUAUUUACCCUGUUUCAUUCCUGGGCUGAGAUGUGUGAAGAUGAUGGAAAAUCAGGUAAGGGUCAUAAUGGCUCUGACUGUUCUAAUGCUUGUCUGUUAUAUCAUAUUUAAUUGGAAGAAAUUGACUUAUGAUUCUUAUGUUGUCCAGGAGACAUUUUAUCAACAGUCAUAUCAGUAGCUCAUUGACAUGGGUAAAAUUAACAAUUGGAAGCUUAUUUCCACUCCUAAAAGUGGAAUGAAGUAUCUCAGCUUUAUUAAUAAAGUAACAACAAUUCAUAAUCCUAUUUUUCUGACAGAUAUGAUUCAUGCUUUAACCUUAACUCCCAAGAUCUGAUUGUUAAUUCUCUCCUCUACCUGCUACACAUUUUUGUGUAAAUUAGUUAUGAGAACUUGGUUAUAGAUCAAGAUAGCAGCUUCUACCUGAUAAGUUUAAAUAUUCUUAUUACUUGUUUGCUAAAUAUUGUAUUAUGGAUAUUAUAGGGAGAAGUUUCAUAUUAAUCACUUGUGGGAAUUAAAGGGUUAACCCUUCACACCCUAACAUCAGUAUACAGAUUAGCCGUUGCUGAGAAUCUUGUGAAAUGGUGAUGAACCUGCUCGGGUGGAUAAAGAGCAUAGAAAUAUUAGACGGGGCACGGUGAUUAUCAAUGUCAUGCAUCAAAGAGGAAACCAAAUGAGAAUAGAGCAUAGUUAUUGGUAAGAUUCUGGAGUUAACAAAUAGCGGGCACUAUGAGAUUUGCUAUCCGCAAAAUACAUUAGUCGUAGAGCACGUUUUUUGUAAAAUGAGAACCUUAUUUAAAUGAGUGUUAGCAGCUUGUCCCCAGGCAAUAAGACCAUAAGAGAUAUAGGGUUCAAUUAAGGAGCGGUAGAUGUUAAGAAGUGUGGCAAAUGGGACAAGAUGUCUUAACCUGGCAAUUAUACCAAUUCCUUUACUAACUUUAGAUGAGAUAUAAUCAAUAUGAUACUUCCAAGAGAGGUUAUUAUCUAUCAGAAAUUCUAGAUAUUUCACAAAAGUUUUUUUGUUCUAGAGAUACACUUUUUUAAGAUCGUUAUUAUAAAUUUUCAAGUGAACUAUGUAGUCCAAUUUGCGUUGGUAAGGAUGGAAAAUAACAAAGUUAGAUUUACUAGUGUUAAGAGAAAGUUUGUUUGCGUCCAACCAGUCACCCACUUUUGCGAGUUCAUCAUUAACAACUUUUUCAAGAUCCUUAAGAUCUUUGUUUGAAUAAAACAAGUUAGUAUCGUCAGCAAAUAGGUAAAACUCAAAAAUCUGGGAGCAACGGUAAAUGUCGUUAACAUAAAUCAAAAAAAGAGAAGGGGGCCUGGUACAGACCCUUGAGGGACACCACAAACUAUCUCUUCUAUAUAUUCGACACGGUUGAACCAAUUUGAGUCGACUGGUUCCUGUUCAACAAGUACAAGAAGAGAACCAGUUAUUAAUUAUUCCUCUGACUCCAUAAUGAUAUAAUUUGUGCAGUAAGAUUGAGUGAUCCACCGUAUCAAAAGCCUUUUUAGGUCAAUAAAAAUACCACAAGAGAAUAACUUUGCAUCAAUAUUAGUUUGAAUUUUGCUUAAGAUAUCUAAAAUUGCAUGUUGGGUUGAACACUUGUCUCUAAAUCCAUAUUGAGAAGUAAAAAGAUACCGUUUUUUUCGCAAUGUGAUUUAAGACGUUUAGCCAUCAAUUCUCAAAUAAUCGAUUGAAGACAGAAAGGAGGGAAAUUGGGCGGUAAUUACAUGGAUCAGUUUCGUCUCCCGAUUUGUAGAUAGGAAUUACUUUUCAAAAAUGGGGAUAAAUACCCGUUGAGAUAGACUUAUUCAUCAUGGCAGCUAAGAGUGGAGAAAGGAUAUGGCGCCCAGAUUUUUUAAAAAGAUGAACCGGGCAAGAAUAUAGGCCAUAUACUUUAUUACUGGGUAUAGCUAAGAUUUCCAAGUCCACCUCGGAUGGAACGACGGGAUCAAAAAAGAAAGACUUAAAGUGAUUAGUGCCGACAAGGUAGUCCUGGAAAUUUAUCCUGGAAGGUGAUAUAUUGCGUGCAAGUCGCGGUCCAAUAGACGCAAAGUACUGAUUAAAGAUAUUGGUUAUUUCAGACGGAUUUUGUGUUACUCCAGAGUUGUUAGAGCGUUGAAGGGCUGAUACUGUUUUUCUGUUACGCUGUCUGUUCAAUAGUUCAUUAAUCCCCUCCCACGUUUUUUUUUAACAUUUCUUAGAUUUGUAGUGAAGUAAGCUUCAUAAUACAAUCUUUUACUGAGACGAGAAAGAGUAACAAUUCUAUUCCUAUACAGCUUAUAUUUUGAGAUAUCUCCUGAAUAAAAGAGUCUAUUCUUUAUUUUGAUAGAUUUACGUAGGCCCUUAGUUAUCCACGGUUUGGAAAAUUGUUUAGCCUUGCGCCUAGAUAAGAUUUUGAGAGGAGCGUGUUUAUUAAUGAGCUUGUUAAAUUUAUUGUAAAAGGAAGAAAAGCAUUUGUCUACAGAUCCAUAUGUCAUUGAGUUAUCCCAAUCAGUAUCCAAGACAUCAUUAAUAAAAGCAUUCUUCAGAGAAGUUGGAAUAAUCGCGAAUUUUAUGUUUAGUAGUAAAUUUUUUGGUAUAAGACUGUGGAUAAAACAAAAUUGGGAGUAGUGAUCACUAAUGUCUGACACGAUAUUUCCACCUGAAAUUUUAUGAUCAAAUCUAUUCAGAAAUAUAUUAUCAAUGAGUGUGGCAGAAUUAUUGUAGACUCUAGUUGGUUUAUCAAUUACCGGGAAGAACGAAUAACAUUGUAAAGAUAACAAAAAUUUUGGGAGUAAUCGGAAAUUUCAGAUUUGAGGAGAUCAAUAUUGAAAUCGCCCAUAAGAUAAACAACUUUAUCAGAGGAGCUAAGUUUUUCUAAAGUAAAGUCAACAUAAUGGAGGAAUUGUUCCGGAUCAUUAUGCUGCCUAUAAAUCACUCCACAAACGAUAUUUUUACUCUUUAGGGAUUCAAUUUCGAUCCAUAAAGCCUGAAAAGCGUCUUUAGAUGUUCUCUCCAGAACCUUAUAUUUCAAACAAUUAUUAAUGUACAUUCCAACACCUCCACAUGAUAGAGGUGUUGGGACAUAUUCAAACUGAUAGUUUGGUAUGCAGGCAUUGAAAUCUAGCCCAGAUGAAUUUGUAAUUUUUGUUUCUGUAAUACCGAUUACACUGAAUUGGUAGUCAAGUUCAUCUAAAAGAUGGACUUGAAAAUUAUCAAUGUUUUUCCGCAAACUUCUUACGUUAGUAUGAAGCAUAGAGAAAGGACAUUGACUAUCUGAUUCAACAAAGACUCUUUAACCUAACAUCAGUAUGUUAAUAUUUUCCAUACUUUUCUCUAAACAUUUCCUAAGGUGCUGAGGAGGAGAAUUUUUUUCACAAUCAAGAGCUUUAGGGGAUACACAAGGGUGACACUUAAUGGACACUCAUGUGCCCCAUUUGAGUUAAAAAUUAAAACUUUCGACUGCCAUUUGAAUUAAGCAUUCAUAGUGGUACCAUGUGCUUCUUUAGGUUUUUAUUAGACACAAAAAAAUGUUUGUGGGGGAGAAGCAUACAUGUAUCACUAAAGAAUAAGUAUUAGUGGUGGUGCAAUGAUCAGGGCUACAUCAACAAAUCAAGGUUCUAUCUUAAAUUUGCUAUGAUUGAAAAAGUGAUUUCUUACUUGCGGAUACAUAUAAAUGCUUGUGUAUGUGAAUAUUAAGAAUUAUUUCAUAUCGAAACAAAAUCACAACUUCAACAUAAUGAAGAUACUUCCAUCAAUUCAACAUUCAAAAUGGCCUACAAACUAGCUAGAGCUAUCAGUGCCAUUUGGAUCCCAAGACUUUUCUUUGUUCAAGGGCUUCAGUGCAGUAUAAUUUGAUGCUAUUGGAAGUGAGAUGUUUAUUCCAGAGUUAUUGAAUUUAUUUUAAUAUUUUGGUUACAAUUUAUCAAUUUUAGUGACUCUGAGCUUAUAACCAGUACCAUAGCUGUAUGUAAACACAUGAGACACAGGAGGCAGCACUGAGAUGAAGUGGUCAAACUUCUGGACUUGAGGAUAAAAUACAAUAUUGCUCUCUGCUGCUUACCAGAUUUGUUAAUGAAAUCGUUUCUAAAAAGGCAACUAGAUCAAUUCUUACCAUCUGGGGGGAUAUAGUUGGUAUUUAAUUCUUUUGUUGUAAUUAGAGUAUUUGUUCUCUUUUUUUUUGGUUUUCAAUCAUUUUUCUAAUCCCAAUAUGAAGGUCAUUAAUUUUAGAACAUUAAUAAUAUGUUAAUUAUCAGAGCUAUUUACAUCACUAUGUAUAGUUUAGACAGAGAUUAAUGCCGAUGACAGAAUUCUUUGUUUAGAAUAAGAAGUAUCUAAGAUGCAAUUGGACUCAUAAAGCAAAGGUAAACACAAGAAACAAACUAAAAAAGCAAAUGAAACAUUAACCCUUUAACUCCCACUGAUGAUAAACCUGUAACUUCUCCCCAUAAUAUCAAUACAUGUUCAAGCAUACAGGUAAUAAGGAUAUAAAAACUUAUGAGAUAGAAGUUGUUAUAUUGUCAGAUAACAGAAAAUUCUCAUGACUAAUUUGGAAGGAGAUAUCAAAUUAGCAGCUAAUUGGUUGGUUUUAGUUUGAAUUCUCAUGGCUUUCAAAGGUUUUUUCCUUUCUUCUGACUGGCCAUCGUAAUUACUUUGGUUUUGGUUUUACAACACUCAAUUGAAAAGCACUCUUCAUUAAGACUGAAUGCAAUUCUCAAUAAGAUUUUUAUGUAAUAGGUUCUCUUGGUAGAACACAGUUGAAGUGCUGGGAAGCCAGGCAAGUUUUAGACAUUCAUGGAACAGAGAAAGCAUUUGAGAUACUGAAGGAAGCUUUGAGUUCAAUGGAGAAAGUUGAAGAUCAAUCCACUGACAUUUUCAAGCUCACUAAAGCCCUUUACUUGCAUACUGAAGGUGAAAUUCUUUGGAGAAACAUUGAUUACAAGAAAGCUCUUGAAAGCUUGCAGUUGUCCUUGACAUUCUCAGAGGAGCUGCUAAAAGAGCAUACAGAUUUGGCAAGGUGCUACAAUGCUAUUGGAAAUUGUUACUCCCGCCUUAACCAGCCAACGGAAGCACUUGAGUUCUAUGAAAAAGCCUAUAAUAUGCAAGAGAAUUUGGCUGGCUCUGAGUAUCACUUUGAUAUGCCAAUGUACAAGCACCAAAUUGGCACAGCAUAUGAGGGUCUCAAAAAGUAUGACAAGGCAGUUGAAUAUUACAGAGAUGCAUUGAGGCUUCUAGAAGAACUCAAUCUUUCAGGUUUUGGGGAUGAAGCACACUUUUGCAGAGAACUUGCCAAUGCCCUUAUCUGGCAGGAGAAAUAUUCAGAAGCAGCCGAACCUGCGAUGCGUGCUUACAACAUUAGGAAGAAUCUUCUAAAGAAUCACCCACUUAUGGUGUGCAGCAUUUUCCAGCGAGCUAACCUUCAGGCCUACUUGCAAGAUUAUGAGGGAGCCUUGAAACUCUACCUUGAAGCAUGGCAGAUGGAGAAGUCGCUUGAUGUUGGGAACCAUAGUGAGGUGUGGCGAAAAAUUAUCACUGGUGUGGAGAACAUGUGUGACUAUUUGAAGAACAGAGAAGAGAAACAAAAAUUUCAAAAAGAUGCUUUGAAGUUUUGUGAACACUUUUGGAUAGAAAAGAAAAAGUCUCCAAGAUUUGCUUUUAAUGAUUCUAACAAGGACAUUAUUGAUGUCUUGAUGGAUCUUGUCAGUGAUGAGAAUGACAAGUAUAAAUUGCAAAAAGAACAGCUUUGGUUCUACGAGGGUAUGUACAAUGCCACCAAAGAAGAACUUCAAAAGGACUGUGACCUGGAAACUGAAAGUGAUACACUUCACUACACAUUGGAAGAAAUGAUCAAGCUUCUUAACCAAGUGAUACACCUUUGUCAUCAACUUAAAGAUUACAAGCAGGAGGAGCAAUAUACAGAUGCGUUACGGGUAUGCUGGUUUUAACUUGCAUUGUUUCUUUAUGAUCUAGUACCUGCAUACUGAUUACAAGUUUAUUUCUAUAUUUCAUCCAUUUCCUAUCACAAAGAUUACUUGCAUGCAUGCUCUAUUGAAAAAGUCUUUAGAAGUCACUUGUAGUCUGCAACACACAGCUGCCUCAUUGACAAUUUAACAAGAGGUAACAGCAACAGCUAGAUAUGAGCUCCCCUUACAUGUAUGUAGAUACAUGUAUACUAAACAUUGUAUAACUUUUUAUUUGAUUUCAUUAUAUAAUGCAGUACAACUACACAAACAGAUGAUAUUGAGACAGCACAGAUAGGAGGGCCAGUUGAUUCUACAUAAUUGAACUAAGUGGAGUGCAAUUUGGUCUGAAAUCAUACAGCAUGCAUGGUUUUCAAAAUUGAACGAGCAGCACACAGCACAACUUUGAUUGAAUUUUGGAAUCACAAGAUUCUAGAAUGAUUUCAGAACAAAAUUGCACAAGACAAAGUUCAAUUACCACUUUAUUACAUUAUUUUGAAUCGCAAAAUUCAAGCCUUCAAAACAACUUUGUUUUUAGUCAGUGCUGAUUUGUAAAAAGUUGUUGUCUCUCAUAUUCUUGUGAUCUGAUAGACCUCUUUUUUAAUCAAGCCUUGAAAUUUAAUUGGUUGUUGUGUUUCAGUAAAGCUGUCUCAUUGACUGGGAAAAAGAUGCGAUUUAGAGCAUAAAAUGGUGCAAUUUGUGAAUAUAUCACACCACUGAUAGCAGCAAUAAGAAUGCAAAUAUCACAAGUGAUUCCAAAAUGGAUGUAAUCAAUGUGUAAAAUGUAUUCAUUUUGUUGUUUAAUCCUAUAUAACAAUAGCCUCUACUCUGUGCAAAAAUGUGCAAGGAUUCUUGUUUACAGACAUUAUCUGUUUUAGGAUACAAACAGUUUUGCAAGAGUGAAGCUUUUUUAAUGAGGAAAACUGUGAGCUUUGAUGGACAGAUGAUGUCUAAAGACAAAUAUAAAAGCAUAUUUUCACACCAAAUGGAAGCUAUCGUGUUUAUUACCCUUCAAACGUUUCUGCAAUGUGCAGAUAAAAUGUUUGCAAACAAUUUAUUGUUUGCAGCCUUAAGGAUGUUAAAUUUUCAGUGUUCUAGUAUAGUACCACUUUAUGAACAAAUAAACAAUUGUCUCUUCUGUAAUAUUUACCUAAAUACUCUCUCAAUUGUUCAAUAAAAUUUUAAAUUAAUGCUCCUAAAGUAAUACACCUAUAAAGUUUGAAAAUUGGGAAAUCAGAUAUUACCCAUUUUCUGCUGGGUCAUGUUUGAUCAUGUGAUACAGUCAGAUUAAUUGUGUGUGGGCAGAAACAUUUGAUGGAUUAUUAUGACUACUUUAUGACUAAACACAACAUUUUGCAUUUUUCAGGCUUUAAAAGAUGGGAGAGUUCCAGGGGUGACAACUCACUCAAAAGGUACCAAACCUUACAGUUGUUUGACUUAUUUCCAUGUCAUGUUUUUAAUGAUACCUACCCUUACCAAAGUAAAAGUAUGGGUUUGAUAUGGCAAAUUAUGGACUAUUAACCCUUUAACUCCCAAGAUCUCAUUAGUAAUUCUCCUUACUAUCUCCCAUACAGUUCUUGUGAUGUCAGUUUGGAGAAUUUGGUAUUGGAUCAACUUAUAAUCUCAUAACUGAUAUUUUUCUUUAUUCUCAUUACUUGUCUCCUUGAUAUUGUAUUGAUAUUGUAAGGAGAAAUUAUGUCUUGGUCACUCAUGGGAGUUAAAGGGUUAACAUGGCCCAUAUAUGGGUAAGAUAUAGGAUGGUUAGACUGACAUAUGGGAUUGAUAUGGUUCCCAGUUUUGUUAAGGUGCAUUUAUUAUCUCUAGAUCUUUUCUGGCUUUAUAAGCAUACUUAAGUAUAUAACCCAAAUUGAAGACAUGUACAUGUUCUGUGUUUAUUAAUUUAUUGCUGAGCAGAAUCAGAUUUAUAAGAUGUAUGCAACUGCACUAGUCAGAUACCUUUAGUUCUUCUCUUGCUUUUCAAUGCUCUGUUAUACUCUACAAGAAAAGAGAGAAGAUUAAGUUUGACAAUGUGUAAGACAAUUUCCUGAACAAAGGAAGAAUUUAAGAAAGUACUGUUAUGUAUGGAGUUUUAACAGGGUUCAACUGUACACUGUACAUUGUAUGUGAUUGUACACACCUCUGAAAAAGGGCUUUUGUCAAACACAAGAGCCAAUUUUCAAGAGUUUAUCAUAUAUUUAUACAUAGUUAUUAUCAUUUUUGAGUGUAUCAAAAAUUCCUCAGACUGAAUGAUCACUGGGUUGUGGCUUAUUAAUUAUCCUGAAACCUUAUGAAGAGAUUAAUUUAAUAAUUUUUGAAUUCCUCUUUAAAGAGAGUAGAGUCCAUUACAGGGUAAUUGACCCCUCCCCCAAUCCAAUAAUUUAGCAGGCUUCCCUGACAAGUAACCAGUUUCCAUUUAUACUCCAAAGCCACUUGAUGAACAUGAAGCAACUUAGCCUAACCUAAGAACACAAUAGAGAGGCUCUGAUCCACCCCUACUACAGGCCUACUUUACUUCUCUAGCACAAAUAGCAAACUGAGCCUUUAAUUGCAAAAGAGAGCAUGAUUGGUUCUUCCAUUGUAUUUAAUUUAUGUUGUAUCAAACUCUAUAUUAUGUAAUUACGGGCUUUUCUAUACACACAGUUAAAACUAAAAUUGUCCUGACAAAAUGAAAGAACAAAUUUUGUCACAUCUGCAUGAAAAAAUUUCCAAAGUCGUCAAAAUUCUGCCAUUGACUGAUCUAAUUUGCCGAAGGAUUUCACCUCCAAUUUUAGGAUUUAUCCUUGAAUCAUUUUUAAACACUACAACAGACAGAGGCCUGUUUUUGAGACCACACAGCUAGUUUCUUAAAUGUAUAUAUCCUACGUAAAUAGCACCCUAGACUAUGACAUAAAAAAUAUUUGAUGAAUACACUAAAACCAAUGGUCCAAUAAUCAAGGAUAAAUUAUGAACAUGAAUGAGAUUCAAGAUACAAUCAAAACUGUCAAUGGUAUGGGUGGGAAGGAAACUAAAACUUUAUUCUUAAAGCUAGAAAUAAAAUUUUUGCUUGCUAGCUUGCCAGAUUACUAAUAACACGGGUGCACAGAUACCUAAGUGUAAUUUAUUCUAAUAAAAGUAAUUUCGCAAUUAAAAUGCAUCAGCGUGGUUAAUAGCCAUAAGCUUUGCUCAAGUCUCAUGACUUGUAAGCUGAACAAAUUGCUCAGUCUUAAGGGAGGGAAAAUACUGAUAAGCACCCUGCCUGUACUCAGUCCAGGUCUCUCAGUUAUUGAUGUUUAGCUUCCCAAUUAAUAAUGAUUCAUAUUUUGUCAAUAGUGCUUAUAUAAGUUUGUCCACUUUGGCCAAAAUUUGUCAAUUCAGCACAAACCAUCCACACUAAUAAAAUGUUGGUGAUGACAGAAAAUUUUUCAUAAUAAACAACUUUUUCGCCAGUGUGGAAAGGCCCUAUGUUGAACAAUUUUGUUGAACAGGUAUUGGGAAUUGAGUGGUAAUAAAAUGUCUGUUUUAUUGUGUACUGAAAACAAAUUAAUACUUUAGAUUUGACAGAUGAAGAAGAUGCAACAGUGGACACUGAAGAUGGUCAAAAGACUCUGAUCAAAAGGUGCAUUUUGUCUGCAAUGACUGAGUUGCUUGGGCAGGGUUGGAAUUGCCAGGAGAUGUGGUCUAAUAGCAACUUCUGACAAAGUGCUCUGACCAUGGAGCAACCCUCCAGACCUUUUUGUAAAUUACAGUUAUUCUCUUUUCUUUUCUUUUAAUCUUUAGUAAAUAAGGCUCAUGCUUAAUAAAUCUAAUGCUAUUAUAAAAUUUAUCACAUCCCUGUUCAAAUCACUGGUGAUCCUUACAAUCUGAUUGGCUUUCACUGGUGUGAUUUAUUGAUGAAAUGCACUAUUUCUUGCUCUAAACUGUAUCAAUUUCUCAGACAAUGAGAAAGCUUUACUAAAAUACAACAGCCAAUCAGAUUUAACAGAUUGUUUUAAGAUGAAUCAAAUAAAAUUUCAGAAAAAUUAAAGACAACUUUUACAACAUUUUAAACUCCAGCUCAGUACUGGAUCAAUAACAUACAUGUAUUUGUACAGGCUUGAAAAAAUAUUAUUUGACUUAACAAUCUUAGACUGAUAUAUUUUGUUUUGCUGUUGAAAUUGAGUUUUUGCAGGAAAAAACUUUAAGAUGUCCAUAUAUCAAUUAAGUAAACCAAAGCAAGAAUUUUAAUUUAUUAUUGGGAGUAGCUACUUUAAAUUUUUUUACCAUUUUUAUUUUGUUCAUACUUUAAUUACUGACUGAAAAAAGAAACAGUUAGGCAAAAAGAACAGUUACCAGUAGUUUAUGUUUUAAGGUUGAGUGUCAUUACCUGAAUAACUUUUCAAACUGCAAGUAAUUGCAACUUGCAUUUCAAAAACCCUUGUCAUUGCUUACUUCACUUGGGAAAAAUUCUCUUGCCCUUGAUUGAUAUUCUUUUGUAUUUCAGAGGAAAAAUUGGAGGUAAGGAAGACACAUGGCACCUGAGGAAAGCUGGUGCCUCCAUCAAACUUUGCAGUGGAGCUGUCCAACAACCCGUGCCAUUUACAUGUAGAUGCCAAUUGUGGAACCCCAGGAGCCUCUCCCCACCCGUUGCCAGUGAUGAGAUAUUGGUUAGCAGUGUUAUUGAACUAUCUCAUGAUGGCCCAUCAAAUCUGGAGUACAGGGAAAAUUUUGAAGGAAUCAGUUUUAAUGUAGCUUUGUUGCACAGUGCCCCAUAUUUGGAGGGGUAUGAGGUGGUUAUCAAGCAACUGACUGACCAAGAGAACAAUGAAUGGAAGGAAUUGAAGACAGAGAAUACAUGGCAUGGAUCAGGUACUGUAAUGUUGUUAUGAAAUGUAGGUGUGAACGAAUUAGUGAAUGAUGUUCUCAGGCUCCCUUCCUCACUGGCAUCAAUGUCAGUAUCUGAGCAAUUGUGCGCCUCCCCCUCUCCUAGCCCAAAAUUAAUCCCAACUUGUAACCCAAACUUAUUAGCUGAUUGUUGUUGGCUUAGGAGAGGAGGAGUAGGUGUGCACUGACUCAGAUACUAGCACUGAUCCUUAUAAUGCAUGACCUACGUACUGCGCUAACAAUAUCAAAAUACGCUUCUUGACACUUCAUGUCCAGAUCCAAUGCUUUUUAAAACAUUUUAUUUUGGUUUUCCGUUUAGUUGCAGCUAAGCAGCUAGUACAUGUAAUUAUUGCAUAAAUGUUACCAGAUUCCAAAGUGCAUUUUAAUCACUAAAAUAUAAAUUUUACCUAAUCACCACGUUGUUGCAAACUUUAUUCUUUGAAGCAUAACUAUUAUAAUGGCAUCUGUUGGUGGCAACUUUAUUGUGUGAAGAUUUCAAAACACAGUUGAAGGAAGCAAAUUCAACCAUUAUUUUUAUUCUCAUGCAGAAACUUCAACAGUUCCCAGGUGGCUUUUCCCAUUUGCACAAGCUGUUUGUGCAAAAUCAGGAGUUUCUUCAUUUGCUGCAAUCUGGCGUCCUAAGUCUUUCAUUUUUUCAAGUGGUACUGCAAUAGGUCCGGAACUGACCUGUAUUGUGCCUGACUUUCCUGAUGUCAGUGUUCAAAUUCCUCAGAGCUGUGUUCCUGUUGAUGAAGAUUUCUGUGUGACAAUCAAGGUACGUGGAACUGUAUAAUUAUAUACAUAUAUGAGUUCAAGUUUUUUAUUUUCCAGUUUUAGUGUUAUAAGUGUUAUGAGAUUGGCGUGAAGAGAUUGUCAAAAACACGAAGAUAAAGCAAAGGUGCUAUAAGAGUACACCCUGUGGCCUCAGCUACUCACAAUAGACCUCUUUAACUUAGUGGCAACAUUGAUGGAAAGAGAAAUAUUAAAAAAAUGUAAGCUUAAUUACAGGACAGUUGUUCAUGUGCUUAAGUUACAUGUGUGAGAAGAUACAAGUAGUAUUGUUCUAUUAAACCGUUUUGGUAACUUUGCAACAAUUGUGGUUCUACUUUCCCCGAAUGUACUCAUGGAUCCUGGAAAUACCCUUUUUAAAAACCAGAUUUUCGAGACCUAACUUUAAGCAACAAACAGAACAUUUGUUUUUGUUUUGCUUCAAUAUAAAUUUCAAAUUGAAGUCGUUCCUGUCAGGUAAAUUGGUUUUGUGGUUCGUAUUGGUUAGCAGUUAAUGCAGUUAGUGAAAGAAGAUGAGCAUGAUAUUAUGAUGAAUUAGCAAAACCGAGGUCUGACUUAUCUGCCAAAGCUGAAUAUAACACAGACAUAAAGUUUGAUAAUUUAUAAUAUCAUGCAAAAUCCAAAUUAAAUUAUUUUUUAUUAUAAAUCUUUUAAACAAACUGCAAAAGAAGACACCUCUUUCUAAAUUUGCAAAAGUUUAAGAACAGUGCACAGACAGAGGGCUUUGAGGUUGAACUCGAACUGGGAGUAACUUGUUUUGCUUUUGAUCUCAAGGUACAAGAAUUUCCAAGCAGUGAGCUAAAAGGAGAGGGAGGACUUGUCGGUCCAGUUCUUUACAUUUCAGGCUCUCAAAAUGUGACUCUCAUCGCGCCUGUAACAAUCAGGAUUCCUCUCACCCUCCGUAAAGGAAAACAAGAGUUGGCAGAGUUAUGUCCUGGUGAACUGAGGAUAUUACACUGUGAAUCACUAGUUGAACCACAUGACUGGAAAGACAUCACAGGUCAAUUAGAUGAACCUGCACGUCUUGUAGAUGGGAAAGUUGAAUUCAAAGUUAGGCAUUUCUCUGGGUAAGUAUUUCUUGCCGGCUUUAAUUGGAAAAUAGUACGCAAGACGUAGAGGAGAUUUAACAGUAUUUUAGUGUACAGUCAUACAUGCAUGUAUUUCUUUUAAUUAAAUAUAGAUUCAAAAAUUGAAAUGAUCACUUGCAUACGUAGACUCAAGGUUACUGUGCAAUGGCUGGUAGUCAUUUCCGUUGGGUUGCUUAAGGUGUAUUUGGUUUUUCCUUAUAUUUGAUAGAUUCCGUCCAAUCAAGUUGAUCAGAUCACUUUUACAAUCUGCUUCGGGCCUCACUGAGUUUAUAGGAAAACUUCCCAGUAGGUCUAGGCCUCACCUUGCCCAAUUUUCGACGUGCUUGUGUAAGACCUCUGUUCCCGGACAUUUUGGACUCAAACUUUUCUGCUAUCCUCCAAGCCUGCAAUAUGAGGUGAACCGGCGAAUAUCAGAGUGUGUCGUGCCCUACAAAGGCGAAGGCAGCUCUCGUAAACCAGUUUGUGACAAGGAGACAAUUUUGGUGUCUCUUUCUCAGGCAAUCAUACCCCAAGGCACAGACGCGAAAAACGCCUUACACUCUGUGAAGUAUAAUAUCGUAUAGUUUAUUUUUGGCCCAUCAAGUACAUAGGAUUUAGUUGAAUACUUCUAGAUACAGUCAUGGUAGUUUUACAUAGAAAUAAUUUAUUCAUUCCAUUGUAAAAUUGAACAUUGUUCGAUUGUCAGUUGACCAUUUUUCGCCACUGCUUUUCUAGGUUUCUUAUUAAUCAAUUGGACUAUGGAGGUAUACAAGUUGGUUUUGUUCGGGCGUGAUUAUCUUCAAAUGCUCGCUUUUAAAGAUUCAGUAGGGCUCUCGUUAAAUGUGCUGUCAUUUUGGAUUGUGAGAAAAGAUUUCAAAGCAUGUGCUUUUCUGAACGAAGACUCGGCUGGUGUAGUGUACGUUGAAUUUGUCUCAUUUAAAUUCAUUUCGUUUUGAACAGAUUCCACGAGGACACAGUUUUUGUCACAAGUGGUGUAGUUUGCUUAGGAAGUAAGAGUGUUCCAGGAGUGAAGUUUUUCGACCAAAGUCGUGAACUUUUGUGCAACGUGACCAUAGUAUUAGCAUCUCAAGUAGGUGACAUUUUUCGGUUUAUGGAUUUGUUAAUCAAAUGUACUUUUAGCCCAGAGCUAAUGUACUACUGAUGCCAACCUUACUGUCGUAGAUGUAGCCCAAGAUGAUAGCAUUACACGUCAGCUUAUUAACAAGAUUUUUAAAUUGUUACCUGUGAGGUUCUCAAGCUAGGUGUUUUUUCCCUCUUGCAGGCAUCUCAUCCAUCUGGGGUCGUCCUUCCCUUGUCAGAAAUUCAAAGAGCUCAGGUUUGUUACUUGUUUAUUCAUUUAAUAAAUAUGGUUGUUUUUUUCUUCAGCCCCUCCUUCCUUAAAUUCUUACCUCUGUUAUUCCUUUGGUUGGUCUUUCAGUCGUAUGACUGGCUAUUUCGUUCUAUUUUCAACCAAGGCUAUUGAAUUGUAACCGUUUCGGUAUUCUGGCACCUUUCUUUUUAUAAAAGCAGUCCUUCGUGGAAAAUUCGGAGUCAAAGUCUAACCGUUGUCUGUUGCGGUUUUGCAGGAAAUGCCUCGGUCAAAUCGAAACAUUCAAUCCUCAGUGGACGUAGAUUCACUACAUGAGCACGGCAAGAAAUUACAUGUCACUCUUCUAGCAACUGAAUGGUGUUCGGCAAAGGGUGGUUUGUCCACCAUAAACAGAGUGCUCGCCAAACAGUUUUCAUUAAAUCCCAAUGUAAAAGUCACUUUGUUUGCUCCUCCAUUUGAAUGUGAAUGUAAGGAAAAAGACAAAGCAGAAGCUUUUAAAUGUGAUAUUAAUAUUAAGGAAGCAGAUGGAAGAAUGUCAAACUCCACAAACCCCCUCGAGUGGUUGGCGUUUCCCCCGGAGAAACUCCACAUAGACGUGGUUAUCGGUCAUAGUUGGAAGCUUGGGUGGCAGGCAGAGGAAAUCAGGAGAAGCCACUCCUGUAAGUGGGUACAGAUGGUUCACACAUGUCCUGAAGAACUUGCCAUGCACAAAAUCUCCGACAAACCUCUCUCCAGAGGUGAAGAGAAGCAUGUGUCGGAAGUUUCCCUGUGUGAAAAAGCCGACCUUGUUGUUACCAUAGGACCCAAAUUACAGGAAGCUAUUGCUAAGUCCCUCCGACCUUGCAAAGAAGAAAAAACUGUAUUGUCAAUAACACCAGGUGUCUUUUCUGAAUUUAAGUGUGCGAAAACUUCUGUGGCUGACUUGGAGAAUUUUUACAUUUUAGUUUUUGGCCGUUGUGAUCCAAAGGAUUUGCCCAUAAAGGGCUAUGAUAUUACGGCAGAGGCCGUGGCUAGUUUGCGUCAUAGAUCAUAUCACCUUACCAUCAUUGGUGCAAACACUGACAAUCAAAAAGAGCUUGUUGAUAUUUUAGUCAGUUUUGGUAUACCACAUUGUCAGUUAACUGUAAGAAAGUUUUGUAACGAUCGGGAAUUUUUAAUCAAAUCGUUGCUGGAGUUUGAUCUCGUCCUCAUGCCAUCAAGAACAGAAGGGUUUGGUUUAACUGCCCUCGAGGCAUUAUCUGCCGGUAUUCCCAUUCUUGUGAGUGGAAACUCGGGAUUUGCUGAAGCAUUGAAGAAAGUGGAAUUUGGUGAAUUUUAUAUUGUAGAAGACUUUACGGAUGCUAAUGAAUGGGCAUAAAAAAUCGAUUCCAUUCGACAGAAGGAACGGCGAUUGAGACUUAAAGAGAUUCGACAACUACGGACAUUCUAUGAAGAGAAGUACAGCUGGGAGAGUCAGUGUCAAGACCUUGUGGCGACAAUGUCAAACAUGGUUUAUGGUAUGAUCUAGUUUGUUUUCUGUCUGUUUGUUCGGCAGGAAGGAUACAUGCAACACAGAACGAAUCAGAUUGUUCAGUCUGAUUCUUUCAUACUGUUGUUUUUGUGACACAAGGGAGUAACAAUAGUGAUUGAGAUUUGUUUUACUUACUUACUUCAAGCGCCCUCUACCUGGAGUGAAAAAGAAAAUUUCCAUUCCAACCAUGGUUACAUGAAAUUUUCCAUCACUUUAUACAUUAACCAGCUCACGUUGUCUUUUACCGUCGUAAUUCCUUUUAAGUCCUCAAAACCGCACUUGCUACUCCCACUCCAUUGUUUUCUCCCACUGGACUAGAAUAAACUCAAUGAUAUUAAUUCGUUCUCCUUGUUGUCUAGCUGAACUCUUGCGUCCAAAACUGGAAGAAGUGAAGACGAACACCAGAUGGAAUGCACUCAUUGUGGUGGCCGUAGUUGGAGGCCUUCUGGCCGCAUUCAUUUCUCUCCUACUCCAGAGAGGGUGGAUUGGUUCCUGAAGUGUCCUGCUGUAUCGGAUUAAUGUAACGUUUUCAGUUUUAAACAAGGUUUAUAUUGGACUUAGAACGUCAUUGAUAUUUUUGGUAAUGAAGAUGUAAUAGGCCAAUUUCUAAGUGCCGAAAUGAAUGGAAGAGUUCGAUUAACACUUCUUAUGGGAAUUAGUUGCAUAGAUUUUGGUAAUUAUUUUUCCCAAAAAGAACUAAUAAGCUGGAGAAAGAUAAGCCGUAGACAGUUACAUAACUAGUUGAACUCCCAGAAACAGCAAACAAGAGGUCUGCAACAUGUCUUACGGUAGCGUUAAACGCAUUUUAAAUGCUGCUUCUGGAAAUUUUCAUAGUUCGUACGUUAUCGAAAAUUACGUAGGAUGCCUGUGUUACCACACCUAAUCGUUACCAGGGCGUGAAAUUAAUUUUUUUUUCUGGUAGCCACUUGGCUCCUAAAUUCUUCAAAGUGGUAGCCAAUUCAAAAAAAGUUGGUCGCUGUUUUCAAAGACAAACAAAACUUGCUUUUUACGCUGUCACCGUUCUAGAAAUUAAGUUAGGGAAGAGAUCUUUAACUAGCUACAAAGUGGACACUGGGAUGGAUGAUAUGCAACGUUCAAACUCACCUAAAUCCAAGAUGGCGUCUAGUUAUCGAUCGAGAUGCAUGUGCUGUGUUUUGGAAACAAACUUGAUGAGGAAGUUUGCCGCGGAUUUAUCUUUGCAAAUCUUUUUAAUUCACUUUAUAUCUAGGUAAGGUUAUGAUGAAACCUUCUAGUCGCCACUUUGGCAACCAAUUUUCAGGAUUUGGUCGCCAAAGUGAAAAAUUGUAUUAGGCGCAAUUUCACGCCCUGGUUACCCUAUUUGUUUAAGUUAACAUCAGUUUUGGUCCAUUCAUUCAAUAUCCUGCAAAAAAAUUCUGCUAUAGUAGGCAACAUAGUGACAACAUAACCGUUUUAGGAAUAAAAUCUCUCUUACACGGACAGAAACAACGAAUUUUUCAUCCGAAUAUUUCAAUUGGAAAUAAUAUUUACGGCAACAUGUUUCUAAAGUUAAGGUUUUAUAAGCAUAAAAAUUUUGCAGGUUUUAAAUUUUAUAUAUAUUAUGUAAACUGCACUUGACCCACCAGAAUUAGCUCCUUUAGAACCCCUUAUUCUUUAGGUUGGAAGUCAAGAGGAGAGAAUGAUGAUGAAUCUAGUUGGAAAUAGUUAAACCUUGUUAUCCGUGAGAAUUUUUACAGAACAUUUCACACUUGUUUAUUAUCAAGGCAGAAGAUCUUUCAUGGUACAUUCACAAAAACAAUUCUGCGCAUUUUUCUAUGACAUUUGAUUUGUUUCCUGUGAAACGAAGUUGAAGAGAUGUUGAUGAUAGUCGUGUUUUGUGCAAUAUGGUAAAAGUAGAAAGUCAGAAGAUAGAGUAAUAAUUUUAUUAUGGUUGAAAGAGAAAAAAGAGACAUACAUUCAUAGAUGACGGUACAACAUGUAGCAAUACAGUAAUUGGAAGUACCAAUACUAUAUCAUCCCUUUUAGAGCACAAGAAAGUAAAAACCGCAAAAGAUUCACAGCAUUUAUAUCAGUCUUGGUUAGGCUCAAAAAUACUUGAUGGUUUACGUCAAUGCAACAAACUCUUUAAUUUAAAAC